AUGGAGUGGGAUUCAUGCUCCACGCCCCACCCUUCCUUCCCCCAUGCCAUCAUGGAGUGGGAUUCAUGCUCCACGCCCCACCCUUCCUUCCCCCAUGCCAUCAUGGAGUGGGAUUCAUGCUCCACGCCCCACCCUUCCUUCCCCAUGCCAUCAUGGAGUGGGAUUCAUGCUCCACGCCCCACCCUUCCUUCCCCCAUGCCAUCAUGGAGUGGGAUUCAUGCUCCACGCCCCACCCUUCCUUCCCCCAUGCCAUCAUGGAGUGGGAUUCAUGCUCCACGCCCCACCCUUCCUUCCCCCAUGCCAUCAUGGAGUGGGAUUCAUGCUCCACGCCCCACCCUUCCCCACCCUUCCUUCCCCCAUGCCAUCAUGGAGUGGGAUUCAUGCUCCACGCCCCACCCUUCCUUCCCCCAUGCCAUCAUGGAGUGGGAUUCAUGCUCCACGCCCCACCCUUCCUUCCCCCAUGCCAUCAUGGAGUGGGAUUCCCCCAUGCCAUGCUCCACGCCCCACCCUUCCUUCCCCCAUGCCAUCAUGGAGUGGGAUUCAUGCUCCACGCCCCACCCUUCCUUCCCCCAUGCCAUCAUGGAGUGGGAUUCAUGCUCCACGCCCCACCCUUCCUUCCCCCACCCUUCCUUCCCCCAUGCCAUCAUGGAGUGGGAUUCAUGCUCCACGCCCCACCCUUCCUUCCCCCAUGCCAUCAUGGAGUGGGAUUCAUGCUCCACGCCCCACCCUUCCUUCCCCCAUGCCAUCAAAUAA